UUCACUUCCAGACCCACCGAGGAGGGGGGGGCAGAAAAAUGCUUGGAUCAUGCCCGCGUCUCAGUGACUGUUUCCCCGGGUUCUGCCUCUCGACAUGGACCGCUAGCUCCUCGGUUGUAGCCGUUAGCCGCUAGCUGGGUUUAUUGUUUAUUAAUGUUUCGUUCCGACCCGUUGUUUCUCUCUCUCUCGUUCCGUCGCCCGGCAGGAACCUGCUGAAGACCCGGGGGACAAGCUCCGGAGACCCGCGUCCUCCAGCGAAGGAAGGGGACAUUCUCCGCGGUGAGAGAUUAGUUUUUUUAAAUAAGAAAGGGGGGGACAAAGUAGUUUUUUACGGGGACUUGUGUCGCUGGCUGCCGGUUCCGGCUCCAGGCAGCGGAAAGAGCAGCAGCAGACACCCCCCCCUUCCCUUCCCUUCCCCACUCUUCCCAGUGGAGACUGGUCGGCUCGGCUGUCUGGCUCCAGUCGUGGCCUGGCUCCAGUCGGGGGGGCACUCCCAGCUCAUCCGCUAGCUCACCCGGACAGUUAGCAGAGGGAGGACAGUUAGCAUCUGCUCCAGGUUAUAUCCGCAUCCCUCCUGGAUCCCCAGCACCACCACCACCGCCGCCGCCGUGCUCCCCUCCUCCUCCUCCCCGGGAUAGAGGCGUCGUGUCCGGGAUCCUGCACACGACGUCUUUCCAAAACAAUGGCGUCUUAUGUGGAUAACAGCUUUCGCCAGGCGGUGAUGAUGAACCCGGCGGAGCGGACGCAACAGGACCUGGAGAUCGUCUACUCGUACCUCCACGGGAUGGAGGCCCUGUCCAACCUGCGGGAGCACCAGCUGAGGAUAAUGUGUGAGACGGUUCGUUAUGAGAGACACGAGGCCAACGAGGUUCUAUACUACCCUGACGACAUUGGAGGCUGCUGGUACAUCCUGUUGUCCGGCUCCGUCUUCAUUAAGGAGUCCAUGUUCCUGCCCAGAAGCAGUUUUGGAAAGCGAUCAGCGGGCAGUCUGCGACGCGGAUGUGAGUGCAUCGUCCUGGAACCCUCAGAGAUGAUUGUGGUGGACUAUAUGGAUGAAAAUGAGGAGUACUUCCAGCGGCAGGCAUCGCACAGACAAUCCCGUCGGCGCUUCCGGAAGAUCAACCAGAAGGGGGAGAGGCAGACCAUCAUUGACACAGUGGAUCCGUACCCCACCGGGAAGCCGCCCAUAGCCCGGGGAUACCACACGCUCCCCGCAGACUUCAGCCGACUUCACCUGGCCGACGGCUUGCACCCACAGGUGACCCACGUCUCCUCCAGCCACUCAGGAUGUAGUAUCACCAGCGACUCUGGAAGCAGCAGCCUGUCAGACAUUUACCAGGCCACAGAGAACGAACCCGGUGACAUGGACCUGAGUGGCCUGCCGGAGACCGCCGUGGACUCCGAGGAGGACGACGAUGAGGAGGACAUCGAGCGAGCGUCGGACCCCCUCAUGAGCCGGGACAUUGUGCGCGACUGCCUGGAGAAGGACCCGAUGGACAGAACCGAUGAUGACAUUGAGCAAUUACUGGAGUUCAUGCAUCAACUGCCAGCGUUUGCAAACAUGACCAUGUCAGUGAGGAGGGAACUGUGCGCCGUCAUGGUCUUCGCUGUAGUGGAACGCGCCGGCACCAUCGUUCUCAACGAUGGAGAGGAGUUGGAUUCCUGGUCGGUGAUUCUCAACGGUUCGGUGGAAGUGACGUAUCCCGACAGCCGGACGGAGAUCCUGUGUAUGGGCAACAGCUUUGGGGUGUCACCGACCAUGGAGAAGGAAUACAUGAAGGGUGUGAUGAAGACCAAGGUGGACGACUGCCAGUUUGUGUGCAUAGCCCAGCAGGACUACUGCUGCAUCCUCAACCAGGUGGAGAAGAACAUGCAGAAGGUGGAGGAGGAAGGGGAGAUCGUCAUGGUGAAGGAACACCGCGAGCUGGAUCGCACCGGCACCAGGAAAGGACACAUCGUAAUCAAGGGCACGCCGGAGCGUCUCACCAUGCACCUGGUGGAGGAGCACUCGGUGGUGGACCCCACGUACAUCGAGGACUUCCUGUUGACCUACAGGACCUUCCUCUCCAGCCCCAUGGUCGUGGGCAAGAAGCUCCUGGAGUGGUUCCAUGACCCCAGUCUCAGGGACAAGGUUACACGGGUAGUCUUGCUGUGGGUAAACAAUCAUUUCAAUGACUUUGAGGGUGACGCUGCCAUGACUCACUUUCUGGAGGAGUUUGAAAGCAAUCUGGAGAAAGAAAAAAUGUGUGGGCACCUCAGACUGUUAAAUAUAGCAUGUGCUGCUAAAGCCAAGCCGCGGCUGGUGACGCUGACCAAGCCGUCCAGAGACUCUCCUCUGGCGUUCACCCUGCUCGGAGGUCAGGAGAAAGGUUUUCGCGUCUUCAUCGAUGCCGUGGAGUCCGGGAGCAAAGCAGCAGAAGUCGGCCUUAAGCGUGGAGAUCAGAUCUUAGAGGUCAAUGGGCAGAACUUUGAGAACGUCCAGCUCAACAAAGCCAACGAGAUCCUGAAGAACAACACGCACUUGUCCAUAACUGUGAAAACAAACCUCUUAGUGUUCAAAGAUCUCCUAACGAGGCCUGAACACGACCACGACCUGGACGGCGAGGAGGAGCACGACAGGAAGAACGGGGCGCCACACCUCCCGAAGAUCGGAGACAUCAAGAAGGCCAGCCGCUACUCCAUCCCCGACCUGGCGGUGGACGUGGAGCAGGUGAUGGGCCUGGAGAAGGUCAGCAAGAAGGCCAAGACCAACUCGGUGGGAGGACGCAACAAGCUGAAGAAGAUCUUUGACAAGACGCUCACCAGCAUCCUGCCUCCCAAACCAUACAAUGACGUUUGCGUGGGCCAAUCGCAGGACGACAGCAUCGUGGGGAUGAAACAGUCCAAACAGAUCGCUCCGGCUCUGCCCGUCAGUGGGAACCUGUCGUCGUCGAACCCCGACCUGCUGCAGUCGCACCACCGCAUCCUCGACUUCAACAACCAGCCAGUUCCAGUUGUACUAAAUUUGUCAGACCAGGUAUUACGAGUCUUCAAGGCCGACCAGCAGUCUCGGUACAUCAUGAUCGGGAAGGACACGACGGCGAAGGAGGUGGUGGCCCAGGCCAUCCGGGAGUUCGCCCUGACGGCAGCAGCGGAGGCGUAUUCGCUGUGCGAGGUGUCCGUCACGCCGGAGGGCGUCAUCAAGCAGAGGCGAUUACCAGACCAGCUUUCUAAACUGGCCGACAGGAUUCAGCUCAGCGGCAGAUAUUACCUGAAGAGCAACAUGGAGACGGAGACGUUAUGUUCAGACGACGACGCCCAGGACCUCCUGAGGGAAGGCCAGAUCUCUCUGCUGCAGCUCAGCACGGUGGAGGUGGCCACCCAGCUCUCCAUGAGGGCUUUUGAACUGUUCUGUGCCAUCGAGCCGACCGAGUACAUCGACGACCUGUUCAAGCGGCGCUCGAAGACGGGCUCGUUCAGCCUGAAGCGCUUCGAGGAGAAUCUCAAUCACGAGACCUUCUGGGUGGCCACGGAGGUGACGCAGGAGCCCAACCAGCUCAAACGCAUGAAGAACGUCAAACACUUCAUCAAGAUCGCCCUGCACUGCCGCGAGUGCAAGAACUUCAACUCCAUGUUCGCCAUCAUCAGUGGUCUGAACCUGGCUCCGGUCUCCAGACUGAGGGGGACGUGGGAGAAGCUACCGAGCAAGUAUGAGAAGCUGUUCGGGGACCUGCAGGACCUCUUCGAUCCUUCCAGAAACAUGGCCAAGUACAGGAAUCUGCUCAACAAUCAAAACCUCCAGCCGCCAAUCAUCCCCUUGUUCCCCGUCAUCAAGAAGGACCUCACCUUCCUACAUGAAGGCAAUGACUCUAAAGUGGACGGGCUGGUGAACUUCGAGAAGCUGAGGAUGAUCGCCAAAGAAAUCCGCCACGUUGGUCGCAUGGCGUCCGUCAACAUGGACCCGGCCCUCAUGUUCCGGACAAGCAGUUCUCUAAGUCAGGGUAGUGCCAACGCCGCGGUGCUGGACGUCACGCAGACGGGCGGGCACAAGAAGCGGGUGCGGCGCAGCUCCUUCCUGAACGCCAAAAAGCUUUACGAGGACGCCCAGAUGGCCCGGAAGGUCAAGCAGUACUUGUCCAACCUCAGCCUGGAGGUCAACGAGGAGAGUCUGCAGACGCUCUCCAUGCAGUGUGAACCCUCCAUCAGUACGCUGCCCAAGAACGCCGGUGGGAAACGACCAGACACGUCCCCGGUCGUGUCCAGAGCUGCCAGUCAACAGAGGGGGCAGCUGACCAAAGGAGGUCAGGCUCUCCAGGUCCCUGCCGUGGCACUUUACCCAUCCCGCAAGAAGGUCCCGGUCAAAGACCUGCCGCCUUUCGGCACCAGUUCGCCGCAAUCUCUGAAGAAGAUCCUGUCGCUGUCGGAGGAGGCGAGCGACCGACACCGGAGGCAGCCGGAGGACACGGUGUCCAACGCCUCCUCCCAGCUCUCCUCCCCCCCCACCUCCCCCCAGAGCUCGCCCAAGAAGGGUUACAACCGCAUGGGCGACGCCUACUCCGACUCUGGUCACAGUGAGAUCUCGUCCCGCUCCAGCCUCGUCAGUAACUCGUCCUUCGACAUGGCGCAGGACGAGAGGCGGCUCCGUCACUCCGGAGGCGUCGGGGACUCUCACAUCGUGGGAGCGCGGCUGGAACGGAGAGCCACCACUGACCCCGACCAGUACAGCCUGGGGUCAUAUUCCUCGAUGCAGGACUGUCGGGGGAUCUACGUCGGCUGCCCCACGGUGCUCUCCUCUCCCAGCUCAGAGGAGCUGACUCAGGAUCAGGGCGACCGCGUUUCACUCGACGCCGCCGACAGCGGCCGCGGCUCCUGGACUUCCUGCUCCUCCGGUUCCCACGACAACAUCCAAACGAUGCAGCAGGGCCGCAGCUGGGAGACCCUGGCCUUCGGCGGAGGCGGAGGUGGGAUCGUCGGGCUCCCUCCCGGCGGACCUGAGGCCUUCCUGGGAGGACCUGCAGCCCUGUGGGCGGCGCAGGCCAGGGGCAGCUGGGCGUCUGCCAGCUCCUCCUCUUCCUCCGCCGCGUACUGGGGGGAGGACUCCGAGGGCGACACGGGCACCAUCAAGAGGAGAGGAGGGAAGGACGUCAAUGCUGACCCGGAAACGAGUAGCAUCACAUCCACCGGGUCGGAGGAGGCCAAGCAGCUCGGCCGGCCGUCUCCAUCACCCAUCACCGCUGGGGGUAAAGGCCUCAUUUCACGUAAAGAGGGCCGGUACCGGGAGCCUCCCCCCACCCCCCCGGGCUACACGGCCCUGACCAUCAACGACCUGGCGGAGGGUCAGCACCCGGCUCCGUCGGUCCCCACGACCACGGCGAUCCACUCAGGCCGCCGCCCCCCCGACUACUCCACGGCUCUGCAGCGCUCGCGUAUGGUCACCCAGUCCCCCGACUCCCACCAGGCCCAGCAGGGGGCGAAGCAGCGGCUGGGCGGCCUCCACCGCACCUGCUCGCCGGCCGGGGACCACGAGCGCAAUGAGGAAGAGGAGGGUGAGUCCUUGUCUCCCAAACUAGUCGCUCUGAGGAAGCCAAAGCGAGUGGCACCGCACACACCUGGGACCCCCAGGCCAUGAGUGUGUGUUCGGGGGUUAACAGGCAGGGCCCCUCCCCCCCGAGGCAGAGGACGAGCAGGUGUCAGCGGUGUGAGGGACCACGGUGGACAUCGUCCUUCUUGCAGUAACUUGAAGUCCCCCCCCCCCCUGGUUCGGGGUGGGCAGGAUUACAGAGACAGACCAAGAGACUUCAUCAUCAGUUACAUACGUGCCUGCCUCCUCCACUCGGCUCCCCCCCCACCACCACCCCCCUCCCGAUCGGUGGACUCCUCUGCUCGUCUCCCUCCCCUGCCUUAAAGCAUCAUGGGGGGUUGAAUGACCCUGCAUGCAACAAACAAAUACUGUGAAGAAGAAGAGGAAGAGGAGGAGGAGGAGUGGAGAGAGAGAGAGAGAAGGUCAAAGACGAUGACCACAUGCCUGGCACUUUGAGAAAAAGACUAGAGAAUCAUGAACUGGCGUCGGGGGGGGGAGGUCGAACCUGGACGCACAAACAACACACACGGACCCACAAACAUGUCGCUGUUCGGAAACCCUGUUAACACAACAGCAUCACGACGUGUCGAGCUCCAUCUGCACUUUCUCAUUUUCUAGAACAAAACAGACUGAAGACGGAGAGAAACAGCGGUUGACUUGACUCUUCGUUUUUUUUCAACUUCCCUCUAGAUUUCUGUUGUUUUUUUUGUUUUUUUUCCGUUUGACUGAUUGCACUCUGGGGGAAAAGAGAGAGAGAGAUAGACAGAGAGAGAGAGAGAGAGAGAACCCAAGUCAGCCCAUCGUUUCUCUGCCUGGACUGAAAACCAACCCAUCUGUCGCUGAGUGUUUCGGACUCGGACAAAUCCAGUAUUAACUCGUGUUUCACAUGUGAACGUUUAUCAAGUGUUGGUUCAAGUGGAAGCUCAACGUGCACAGUGUACGGACACACACACACACACACACACACACACACACACAGACACACACACACAGAGGACAUGUUGUUGUACGGAAACACAAAGACAAAAAAGACGGUUUAUUACAGAUUUAGCACUUUCAGCACAAUCCCAGAUGUUCCCAGACACCAGGGUUAGAUCCUCCCGCCUCCGGCUCGUCCUGGUCACAUCGGGGUCUUCUCAUCAUCCUGUGGCUGUUACAUCCAGAGCGUGCGUCUCUGUCACUCGCCUGCUGGUGAUGUUUAAAACAAAAAAGCACAUAGGCGAUCGAGUGGCCGGCUGAAACCUGAGGGAACCGACUGUUUCUGCAAAAUCACAAAGGAGCAGCAGCAGCAGACGCCUGUUGACUGGUCCUGGUUUCUCGUGGGAGGUUUGGACGCUCGCAGGACUUUUCUCAUCACGUACGAAUCGCGGCUUGAGAGCGGUGGCCUCUUUAUAUUUGGUGGGAAAGGGAUCAAGCAGGGUAGUGAACAUCAGCAGCUGCCAACGUGUAAAUUGUGAGAGUAGCUCAACUUUUUACAAACCAAUCUUGUACAGAGUCUUAUGACACACACACAUUUCCUUUUUCAGAAUAAAAGUACCCACGAAUUGAGAUUAGGCUUCUUCUUUUUUUUUGUUUUUUUUCUCCCCCUCAACUUUUUUUGUGAAUGUCCAAAGCGCCUUACGAUGCCAUGAUUGCGUACAUUUCUUUAUACGUGCUCGUUCUUCGUCAUGAAUCACCUUGUUUCAGGAGCGACUCUUGAAUCAAGCAAUAGUGGAGUGAAAAUGCCUUAUUCAAGAAACUUCCCUGGACGUUUAAGACUCGGUACAAGAUGAAGUCGAGACAUUUUCUCUUUGUGUCACGUGGCUUCGAGACCAGUGUGUUACGGUGUGGAACAGAUCUCGUCCGCUGCUGUCGAUUCAUCUCAAGAAAAACAAAAAUCAAAAACCCCUCUCACCUGUUACAGACAUCAGCUCCGUGGACGCUGUGUUCCUCCUCCGGCCUCCCGUCGGAUCACGCCACCAGUGGAAGUGGCUGAAUUGUGUUUUUUUUGUUGUUGUUUUCUUGGGGACUCCGGUGCGGAAGCUGACAAAUGAAGAAUUCCCUUUUUUAUUUUUUAUUUCCCAAGGCUGCCAAUCAGAACGAUCAGAUUUCUUUUUUUCUUCUUCUAUCACUGAUUCGCACUGAUCACAUUGAUCAGUCUUGGAAACGACAGACUGAGAAAAAAAUAAGAUGAAUGAGUGCAGUGUGUGUUUUUCCCCCCCCCACUGCGUUCGGUGAUUACAUGCGAAUCAUUUCCGGGAGCGGGGGGGUUCCUUUUUUUGUUUAUUGUAAUAUUAUAAUUUUAUUUUUUUUUGUAAUGGCUGCAGAUAGAUUGUUAAUAAUUUGUUUGUAUUACAGUGGUGACAUGCAUCAUUCACUUUCAUUCAACUCUGAAGAUAAUGUGCAUAUUAGCGGGCCGAGUCCUAUUUCGAAAAACAAAAAGUUGCACAAAAAUGUACAAGCGUAAAGAUAAAAAGUGUAGUGGGUAGAUCUGCUACUCCGUUUGAUGUGUGAUGUCAGUGAGAAAUGUACAUUUAGCUGGUGAUGACCUUCUGUUCUUCAUUCUUUCUCGUACUACUCUGACCUGCGUAUGUCUUUUAAAAAGACAAUCGGUGGAGUACGUAUCGGUUGUUUUUGUAUUUUUAAUACAAUAAUUGUAAAUAUUGGUUAUAUUUUUGUUCAAAUGUACUAUGUUUAUGCCUCAACAUCCAGUUUAUAUGAAGCUGGGAAUCAAUAAAUACUGCAUAAAGAAUCAACACCUAGGUUUAAAUGCACUUAUUCAUUUCUUUCUGCAUUUUGAUGUCUUUUUCUUUUCUAAAUUGUUUUUCCUUGAGAGUUUUUUUUUUUCUUUCUUUCUUUCUUUUUCUCCCAGAUACCGUCUAGUGUUUGCACAAGUCAUGGAAGCAACUUGAAAAGUGUAACCCUCAUACUUUUCUAUCUGACCCCGCAGUGUGUCAGAAUUAAUAAAAAAGAGAUAUUGAA